AGGCUGGCGAGCACCGUUAGCGGGGCUGGCGCGCGGCGUCGGCCGGGCCGCCGUCAGGCCUCGCCGCUGCCCGGGGACGGACUCCCCGGCGGCUGACCGCCGCGGAGGGCGGGACGACGGAGGACCGUCCGCCAGCAGUCUCGUAGCGCGAUCACCCAGGAAGAGACAUUGUAAGCAGAUAAGAAGAAGGCGUCGGUUUGGGACACCAUUCGCAGCUGGAAAUGGGGAAUGGACUGUCAGACCAGACUUCCAUCCUGUCCAGCCUGCCGUCCUUCCAGUCCUUCCAUAUUGUCAUUCUGGGUUUGGACUGCGCUGGGAAGACGACCGUUUUAUACAGGCUGCAGUUCAACGAGUUUGUAAAUACCGUGCCUACCAAAGGAUUUAACACGGAGAAAAUUAAGGUAACCUUGGGCAAUUCCAAAACAGUCACUUUUCACUUCUGGGAUGUAGGUGGUCAAGAGAAGUUAAGGCCACUGUGGAAGUCGUAUACCCGGUGCACAGAUGGCAUUGUGUUUGUGGUGGACUCGGUCGAUGUGGAGAGAAUGGAAGAGGCCAAGACGGAACUUCAUAAAAUAACUAGGAUAUCAGAAAACCAGGGGGUUCCCGUGCUCAUAGUGGCUAACAAACAAGACCUGAGGAACUCACUGUCACUCUCAGAAAUCGAGAAAUUGUUAGCCAUGGGUGAGCUGAGUUCAUCGACGCCUUGGCAUUUGCAGCCCACCUGCGCAAUCAUAGGAGAUGGCCUAAAGGAAGGACUGGAGAAACUACAUGACAUGAUAAUUAAACGAAGAAAAACGUUGCGGCAACAGAAGAAGAAGAGAUGAGUGGCAUCCUUUGUGUGGGUGUGGAAUCAGUGUUCCUUGGGCUGACUUUGACCAGUUGAGUGUCUACGGCCUGCUUUGCCUGUCUGCCCUCCUGGAUGCUGUUAAAGCUUUGUUUUGUUGAACAGUCAGAUACCCAACUCUGUUGCCUUGUGAAGAUGAGUAAAUGCAGGGGUCUCUUCUCCCUGACCCACAAAUUUUUUGGUACUGCCGUUUUGGGAAGCCAAAAAAAAAGGCUGGUAAUUGACCAAAAAACAAUUUUGUGGAAAUAUUUGACCUGAAGUUAGUGAAAUAAAACUUUGAAGAGUGUA